AUGCUUUUGCAUAAUAUUUCUGUAUCUGAUGUUCGUCCUGGUGAUCAUUUGUAUCAAUGGCGAAAACUAAAAUUAUUACAAGGCAUUGCUGUUCAACUUGAUGACGAUGCACCAGAAAUAUAUGUUGUCAUGUUGAAUAAAUUCAAUAAGUUUGAUUUGGUAACAUUAAAUGACUUUAAGGGAAAAGGAGUUUUGAGACGAGUACUAUAUGAUCAAGGUGAUAGUCGUUUACAUCGAAUCAAAUUAUCUGGAACUAGUUAUAUUGAGAAGAGAAGACCAGCUAAAGAAAUUGUACAAAAUGCUCUUCUUCUACUUAAUACAUGGGAUAUAAAUGCUCAAUUUUUACAAAAAAUUUUUAUUAAAGGUUUUAGUGAAUUUGCUAAAUUAUGUUGUACGAUUAAUCAUGAUUGUUGGCGUAAUAUUUUACUAGGACAGGACGACAAUGAAUUGUCAAUUCAAAAUUCAGAACAAGAAGCUCAUUUUAUUGUAAUUACAUCGAACGAUAAUGAUAAAAUUAAAGAAUUGGAAAACAAUAUCGAAAUACUUGAAGAUAAACAAACGUGUCCUAUUUGUAUGGAAAGAUUCAACGACAUAGCAUUUCUUUGUGGACAUCUCACAUGUUUUCAAUGUUCUCAAACACUGAACUAUUGUCAUAUUUGUGGAAAUAAGAUUGAUAAAAAAAUUAAAAUCUUUUGGUCGUAA